AUGACAUCUGCAAUCUAUAAGGAUCCGCCGCCGCCAUAUACUUCUCGGGCUUCUUCAAAAUGCUCGGAGACAUCACCUCUCAUUUCGAAAAUCCCUGGGUAUUCGCGAACGGAUUCACGGAGCGCAAAAGACAAGAGUGCGGAUGAAGCUUUGAAGAUUUGUCUUACAGUCAUCUCUGCAUUUAUUUUCGCAUUCAUGGUUCUUGGAAUUAUUUUCUUGUCAUCCCAUGAACAAGCCAAAGGACCAGAGAUCAAAGUUGUGAACUUCAAGGUUGGAAUUAUCGGUGCUGGACCUGCGGGGAUUGCUGCUGCUCUAGGUGUUAGAAAAGAGGUUCUCUCACAGGCUGGAAGAUUCAAAGAUUUGAAUGUGGAUGUUCGGGUUAAGAUUAUAAUUUACGAGGAGAAAGGGAGAGUUGGCGGAAGGAUGGCUGUUGAGGAUAGAAAGCUCUUAGGAAUUGAUGUCGAAGAUGUGGCUGGUGGCGCAUUUGAUGGAAAUCUUUUGGAGACGAUUGGUGGAGUAGUGGGCGAGAAGAAACAAGAGAAUGUGUUUACUGAGAGCGAAUAUUUAGGAAUGGGGAAGGUUGCCUUUUUCGAUACAACUCAUAUCGUAACCGAAACUUAUCGACCUUAUGCUACAACACCAUGGGGCCAUUACCUGUCCCUCUUUCGGACUUACUUCUCCUCUAUUUGGCUCGCUCCAAAAAUCCCAAUUGGUACCAUGAAAUCUUUCAAUGCCUUCCUUCGCACCAUGGCCGAAACGAGCUCCUCGACUCCUACUGUUCAACAGAUGAUCCGUAUAAUGUCAAAACAAUACACUUUCGUUCCAUUUAGUAUCUCAGCUCGUGAAAGACUGGGGAAGAAUGGAAUUAGAGACAAUUACAUACGAGAUAUAUUAGCACCUCAAGUGCGACGUCAUACUGGUCAAUCCAUUGAAGACUUGAGCGAUUUAGCACUCAGCAUGGCUCUGGAGCGAGAAGAUAUGGGUUGUCCAAAGCCUACAAACGGUGGAGUAUUUCAGAUGAUGUUGGAGAAUGCAUUGAAGGAAAGUGGAGCAAUACUACGCCCUCUAUCAAAAGUCACCAAAGUUUCAUGGGAAGAAGUCAUCGAAGGUUAUGAGAACUGGUUCGUACAAUGGGAAGAUAUCCUAGACGAUGAAGCAUCACCCAAUGCAGAAAUUGUCGACAAGAUAAUCAUCGCCGCACCGUCAAACUACUCGGAACUUCUAGGGGAUAUGGAACACAAGAAACAAUUCUCCAGUCUUGGUACUGACCAUGAUAUUGAAUAUCGACCUGUGUACAUUACGUUUUUCUUGGUUUCUUCACCAAUUUCAUCUUCGAUUCUCAAGGCCGGAUCCUCGGAUCCUUUGCCUGCUCAACUCCUUCCUAUCAUCGACCCCGAUCAUCCUAAUGAUCCCAAAACUUCAAACUCUGAAUCAAUAAUCGAACUAUCACUCUUACGAUCCAUCAUCAACACCACCAAUACUCAAUCCCCCAAGUAUCUCUAUCGCCUCCUAUCCUCCAACCCAAUCUCCAACCAUUCAUUAUCAACUACUUUCGGAUUCGAGAACGAUCUUAAGAUUGAAAACUGGACGCAGCAGGAAAUCCCAUACGCAUAUCCGGUAAUGCAACCGUUGCUCCCUAAAGAUAUACAAGGAGAUUUUCGACUUGGCGAGAAUAUUUGGACGACGAGUGGAGGAGAGGGUCCGUUGGGAAGUUCGGUUGAUUUGGCUUGGAUGGUGGGGGGGAAUGUGGGGAGAUUGGUUGGGCGGAAUAUUGGAGGGGAGGGAGUUGAGGGGAGGUUGAGGGAUUGGGGGAUUGAGGGAGAGGAAGGAAAAGAUGAGUAG